ACAAAACCGGUCGUUCUCCAGAUUUGAUUCGAAGUGUACGAAAUGCUAGUUAACUUUCCCAAGCUGUCCGUGAGACUAUUUAUCUUUACUAAGCGACAUUAUUCCAUCAAAAAUGCCCCGGACAAUGUAAUUAAAUUCACCAACACAAUCAAUUUACCAAGAACGAAAUUUCCGCCACGAUUGAAAGCAGAAAGGCGUUCUGCGGUACAGGAGAGUAUACGGCAGACUUGCUUCAGCGGUUUGUACAGUUGGCAGCGGGACAACUUGCCUCCUGAGAAUGAAUUCAUUCUACAUGAUGGGCCACCAUAUGCUAACGGGGAGUUACAUAUGGGUCAUGCGGUUAAUAAGAUUUUGAAAGAUUUUAUCCUCAGGCAUAAAAUUGCGGCUGACACGAGAGUUCAUUACAUUCCUGGAUGGGAUUGUCACGGUUUGCCAAUCGAACUUAAAGCUCUAGAUGCCUAUAACAAAAAACAGAAAGGAAAAACGACAGAGCUGGAUGCGGUAAAGAUAAGGGAACUGGCACGAAGUUUUGCGUUAGAAACUAUCGACAAACAAAGAGCGGAAUUCGAACAAUGGGGCGUAACGGCCGAUUGGAUUGAUAAAAGUUUUUGGUACAGCACAUUGGACACGAGCUAUAUAAAAUCUCAACUGAGGCUAUUUCAAGAACUUUUCGAUAAAGGCUUAAUCUAUCGAGAUCUGAAGCCGGUCUUCUGGUCUCCAUCGUCACGAUCUGCGCUGGCAGAGGCAGAACUCGAGUACGAUGAAGCUUACAAAAGUCCUUCGCUGUACUUGAAGAUGAGCAUUACUGAAGCUCCUGGUUGUUCCCAGAUAUACCAAAGAUUGAGUUCAGGUGAGAACGUUUCGGCAGCCAUUUGGACGACAACGCCCUGGACUUUACCAGCGAAUCAAGCGAUUUGUUUCAAUCCCGGUUUGAACUAUAGUUUAGUACGGGCCGGAGACCGUCCUGGGCUUUUGUUGAUUGGUUCAGAUUUGGUUCCACAUGUCUCCGAGCAGCUUCAGCUGAAACUCGAAAAAGUAACGGAUAUUUUUGGGCCUGAAUUAGAGUCCGUGAAAUAUGAACAUCCUUUGAGCAAAGAACCCUUGCCAUUCCUAGCUGCAAACCAUGUGAAGGCUGAAAAGGGUACGGGCUUAGUUCACACGGCUCCCGCUCAUGGUCCGGACGAUUUUCUGGUUUUUCUUGAGAAGAAAAUGCCCAUAAAAUCACUAGUCGACGAAGCUGGAUGCUACAAUGACAAAAGUCCGAUGUUUUUACGCGGAAAGUUCGUUCUGACAGAGGGCAACGGUUUGAUCAUGGAGUAUUUGCGGCAGCAGACACUGGCUUGUGGAACAAUUGAGCAUUCCUACCCCAUUGAUUGGCGCACGAAGAAACCAGUGAUAUUACGCGCUAGCGAUCAGUGGUUCAUUAAUACGGAUCGACUAAAAGAUUCCGCUUUGCGGGCAGCUGAGGAUGUGCAAAUAUACCCGCGCACCUCGGCGGACACUAGCAAAAAGGUUCUGCGAUCACAGCUAGAGAAGCGCCCUUACUGGUGCAUUUCAAGACAACGAGCAUGGGGAGUUCCGAUACCGGUUGUUUACCGCAAAGACAAUAUGAAACCAAUCGUCCAUUCAGGAAUAAUUGAGAACCUUUCAACAAUGAUGGAAAAGACGGGAAGCAUUGAUUUCUGGUGGACUUCCAGAAUAGAAGAUAUAGUGCCGCAACAUGUGCUGACUGAGUUGAAUCUCUGUCCACAAGAAUUGGUGAGGGGAGACGAUAUUCUUGACAUUUGGUUCGAUUCGGGCGUUUCAUGGGUGGGGGUACUUGGAAAGGAUCGAGUAGCAGAUCUUUAUCUGGAAGGAUUGGAUCAGUUUACUGGGUGGUUUCAGUCAUCCCUGCUCACCAGCAUUGCUGCCAGAGGUAAAAGUCCAUACCGGUCCGUUUUUGUACACGGCUUCGCGGUGGAUGAAAAUGGGCUGAAAAUGUCCAAAUCAUUGGGAAACGUUAUCUCCCCAAAAGAUAUCGUGAGUCAGUAUGGAUGCGAUACGCUCCGAUGGUGGGUGGCCGCUCACGCUACUCAAAACACUUCCAUACCGGUCAGUCAAAAGUUGUUAGCUUCGUCCGCAGAAAGUGUUCAGAAAAUCAGGGGGAUUAUGAAAUAUUUGCUCGGUGUAAUUCCUAACACAAAUAGUAGUCAGCUUAAUGAGUCGGAAUUGUAUCACGUGGAUCGGUACUUUUUGCAACAAUUGUCUCAGUUUCAUGAUUCGACUUUCAGCUUAUUCAACUCCUACCAGUAUAAUAGAGCAUCGGCGAGUAUUUUAACUUUUUGUGUGUCCACGCUGUCAGGAUUUUACCUGCACUUGAUCAAAGAUCGUCUUUAUUGUGGUACAGAUGGGGAGUAUCAGCACCUUCAGAUCAUUCUCCGAAGAACAUUUGAUGUUCUCUGUAAGGUGUUGUGGCCAAUAGCUCCGUUUCUAGUCGAGGAAUGUUGGUCUUACAUAGAUUCGGAACCAUUUUAUAAAACAAGUCAACAGGUUAGUGGAUUAGGGCCAAUAGAAGGCAGCCUCGUCACUACAGAAAUCAUAGAGCAGGCUCUAAACCUCAAAAGACAAGUAUUUCAGCAGCAGCAACAUGAGAUUAAUACAUGGUAUUUGGAUGUAAUCGCAACCGUGCCAUCGAAAAACCUACAACUUCUGCGUAAUGUGCAUCGGAAAGUGCACGACUCCUGUUGUGAUUCGGAGCUAUGCGAAAUUUUGCAAGUUGGAACCAUCGCUCUACGAAAUUCCACCGACGAGCAGUUGACGGUGGAUAUUACCAGUAACAAGGAAAGACAGUUGUGUCCUCGAUGUAGACGAUUUGCGUUAUCGUCAGUGGGCAGUCCUGUUUGCCAGCGUUGUGAAAUUGUUUUGAAAGAAAAGAGUAUGAUACUUUCGUGAGGUGUAGACUAGUAUAGUUUAAUUGAUGAAUAUAAACAUUACAUUUUGUAAUUAUUUUAUUACUAAACGUUAUAAAGUUAAUAUACCCUGCCAGGUUAUUCACGCAAAUGGGAUGAUGGGUGCAACGAACAAAACUAUCAAACGGGAUUCUAGUUUUGAACAUUCCUGCUGCUUUGAACGUCGUGGACCUUGCCUAAAUAAACUAAAAAACGCUAAAAAGUUAUUUCUGAAUACUAGUUUGUUUGAAGAAAUGUACAAGAUGAAUGUUACAUGAACAUGAAAAAUGUUACUAAUGAUAACAACGGAGGGGUGUUUCUUUCGUAACUAUAAUUGCAGAACCCGAUGUUUUUGAGCCCUAGAGUAUUUAUAUUUUUCCAAUGAAUGUACGGGAAAAAUCGACCUUAAAAUUUCAAAAAGUUACCCUAUACAAAAUGUUCAUCACCUCGAGAAAACAUCCUAUGAAAAAUAUCAGCUCAAUCGGACUUAAGGGAGAGUGGCGUAAAGCGGUCAAGGUUUGAGUUUUUUGAAAAUCGAAAAAUCACCCAAGGGGGAGUGAGGGAAAU